ACACUACAACACCUUCAUAACUCAUAACUCAGCUCAAAGUUCGCCGGACGGAAUUAAGAACGGUGGAUGGCGGAGAUCUGCUGCGGAGUGUUGAGUGAGAAGGAGGCAUCUCAGCCGUGCGAAAAGAGUUCUCCGCCCGUCAGGAAGAGGAAAGUGGAGAUCAGGAAGAUCAAUUUCGUCACCGGAGUAACUCCGUCGUCGUCCUUGCCGGAUGCCGAGAAAGAACUCAAGUGUCCUCGGCUGGAGUUCUAUUAUGGCCCGAUUUCAGGUGUAUGUGGUGACGCUGUCGACAAUUUUGUCGGCUCCGAUGUGGAGGAGAAGGGGAAGGUGGUGGUGGUGAAGGAUUUUCCGUCAACAAUCCUCCUGGCUCCCUUCACUUCCAAUCUGUUGAUGGAGUCCGUGGCGUAUCCGAAGUUCGGCAUGGCUUCAGUUUGCGGAAGGAGGAGGAAUAUGGAAGAUGCCGUAGCAAUUCACCCUCGGUUUUGCCGCACGAAUCGUGAAAACGAGGACGAAUUGCAUUAUUUUGCAGUCUACGACGGCCAUGGAUGCUCUCACGUAGCAUUCAUGUGUAGAGAGCGGUUACACGAGCUGGUGAGGGAAGAGCUGGAGACGAAAGAAGAUAGUGAGGAGUGGAAGCACGCGAUGGAGCGAAGCUUCAAUCGAAUGGACAAGGAAGUGAUCGCAUGGAACAAAAACUUGAUGCGCGGCAGUUGCCGCUGUGAGCUCCAGACGCCGGAAUGCGAUGCCGUUGGUUCCACGGCAGUGGUCGCCGUCAUAACGCCUCUCAAAAUAAUCAUCGCCAAUUGCGGCGACUCCAGAGCCGUCCUUUGCCGGAACGGCAAGGCCAUCGCUCUCUCUAAUGAUCAUAAGCCGGAUCGUCCAGAUGAGCUGAGUAGGAUCGAAGAAGCGGGUGGGCGGGUGAUAUAUUGGGACGGUCCUCGAGUUCUGGGAGUUCUGGCGAUGUCCAGAGCGAUAGGCGAUAACUAUUUGAAGCCUUACGUAACAUGCCAGCCGGAAGUGAUGGUUAUCGACCGGACGCCAGAAGACGAGUGCUUAAUCCUGGCAAGCGACGGUCUCUGGGACGUGGUGUCCAACGACACUGCAUGCAGCGUCGCCGGGACCUGCCUUAAAGGGAAGACAACAACAACAACAACGCCUUGGAGCUGGGCGGAGAAAGAUGCCGGAGCAGAGAACUCCGACAAGGCUUGUUCAGAUGCUUCAACGUUGUUGGCUAAGCUGGCUCUGGCAAGGCGGAGCUCCGACAACGUGAGUGUGGUGGUGGUGGACUUGAACUCCGGCCGGGGCUCCAUAUGAAUAGACCCUGUCGUCUCUUUUAAGCAGCAGCGUUAGUGAAUGUUUGUAUCUCUAUAAUGAAAUUAUUGUGGUUAGGUUGUUUAGAGUUAAGCCCUAAUUAAAGCAUAACUGUGGCAAUCAAUGGAAAUGUUACCCUAUGCUCAAUGUUAACUGUAAAUAUACCAAGUAUUCGCUCCUCAAAGCGGAAAGAAAAGAAGAAUAAUUUGUCAACUA